GGGACGGGGGGCGGGGGAGUAUGAGUAGUAGUAGUGGUUGGACUGGGCAUCGAGCUAAAAUCUGAUUUGGGCUAUGGCCGCCGGGUUGUUACUGCGGUGGUGUUCCUUAUGCUUUUUACGUAUAGUUCCCAAACGAGGGGGAUAAUCUCAAUCUAAUUUUAGUAAAUCGACGAAGAAGGGGAGUUAACGAAGGGGCGAAGUUUGGGCUCUGAUUCAAAGUCCCGCUGAACAAAACGGGCAGACAACGAGACUCGAUUUAGUUUAGCCUUGAAUGAAACUUGGGCUCUAAACUCAAUGGGCUUUAAUAAUUUGUGUAACAUAUUCGUUUAGGCCGUGAUUUUCGUUUCCCCGAUUUCGGUAGAACAUGUUAAUCGGAAAACAGCAGCAGAUUGAGAUCCGUAUGAUGUGAUGUCAUGAGGAUGGGACCCAGAAGCGGCGUGUCGGGUGAAGCCAGCCCUGGGGGCUGACCCGCUGGGUCCUGAUCGGCCCUGCCAGGAUGCACGUGGCGUCGGUGGGCGUCAGCAAGCUCUGCUUCCUGUUGUCUCUGGCGCUCUGCGGCCUUCUGCUGAUCCUCAUCCCUGCCUUCCAGGCCCCCCAGCGCCGCCAGGGGGAUCCGCCGCAGCCGCGGCCCCGCGCGAGGCCCUCCUGGGCGGGCAGCGCCGGUGUGGCGGCCCCCGACCACCUCCAGAGGUCGGGUAUAGGGAUAGGUAGUACGGGGCUACGCAAGAGAUCCAAGGAGCCUGGAGCUACCGCCAGCGGGGACUAUGAACCGUGGAGGAGGGGCGCCGAUGCCCUCCGAAGCCCAGCGGGAGGCCUCCUCCCGCAGGGGGAGGAGGGUGGACUCAAGGCGUUGGGUGGGGGGUCCCGGGACCCUCUCAAUCCAAAGGAUGUGUUCAUUGCUGUGAAGACCACCAAGAAGUACCACCGCUCCAGGCUGGAGCUGCUCCUCCAGACAUGGGGGUCCCAAGCUAAAGAGCAGACAUAUAUAUUCACUGACGGUGAGGACAGCGAGUUACGAAAAAGAGCAGGAGGGGUCAACAUCAUCAACACCAACUGCUCCGCCGCACACACACGCCAGGCCCUCUGCUGCAAGAUGUCUGUGGAGUACGACAAGUUCAUCGAGUCUCAGAAAAAGUGGUUCUGUCACGUGGACGACGACAACUAUGUGAUCCUCCCCAGUCUGCUGCGCCUGCUGUCCUCCUACCACCCCAGCCAGGACGUGUACCUGGGCCGGCCCAGCCUGGACCACCCCAUCGAGGCCGCCGAGAGGGUCAAGAGCGACGGAUCGGUGUCUGUGAAGUUCUGGUUUGCAACCGGUGGAGCUGGGUUCUGCAUCAGCCGAGGUCUGGCGCUGAAGAUGAGCCCCUGGGCGAGUCUGGGCAACUUCAUCAGCACUGCGGAGAAGAUCCGUCUCCCUGACGACUGCACCAUCGGUUACAUCAUCGAGGCGUUGCUGGAGGUGCGGCUGGCGCACACGUACCUAUUCCACUCCCACCUGGAGAACCUGCAGAAGCUGCCCACGGACACGGUGCUGGACCAGGUGACACUGAGCUAUGGAGGGUUUGAGAACAGGAGGAACGUGGUCGCGGUGGGGGGGCCCUUUUCUCUGGCUGAAGACCCGUCACGGUUUAAGACGAUCCACUGCCUGCUGUACCCGGACACAGACUGGUGCCUCGCCGGGAACCCAGGAGGACACUUCUGAAUACCUCAGCACCUCCAUCGCUACCGCCAAAACUACCAAUACCAUCAACUGCCCUUUUUCCAAUGGACCACACUGGCCUAGCUUGACUCGUUUUGACUUUCCGUGACAGCUGGGAUUUGCGUCCCGUCCCCCAUUACCACAGGGCUGAGGGUGUCUGACCUUAAACCGGUAAUUGAAACGCAUGUCAGUGCGGCUCGGUUUGACUCGGCGCGGCCAAAGGUGCCAAUGGAGAAAGGCCAGCACUGCCAUCACAAGUCUAUCCCCUUCCUUGAAACUGCCACUCUCUACUGCCCUUCUUUCUGCUACAUGGCACCUCUCUGCUCCAACACACACACUAUGAACCAGUAAACAAUACUGACUAUUUCAUUCUUUGUGUGUUAAAUGGAGAGCUACUGCCUUCGUUGAGAACAGUUCUUCAGUGAUUCUUUUCCUGUGGUUUGGAUGGACUCGCCCCUCGCUAAAUGAAGUGUUGCUAUGGCAAUAUGUUAUGGACUUUUUUUUGUGUUUUUUGAUGCCAAGCUAUAGCGCUUGGAAUCUGAAAUGGUACUGAGCUAAAUCACAAUUAUUUUUACCUGCAGUAUAUUGUGUGCGCAGGGCGCACUACUGCUAUGACCGCUCUGUGCUUUCUUGCCAAACCCCUUUUGUGAUGUUGUCUGUUGACUGCAUCCAACAGGCUAAUGUUCAAAUGUCCGAUAUCAUUCCUGUGCAUUACCUUCAAUGUAUUUUAUUAUGUUUUUUUUACAAUGAAAAUACAAGUGUUGCUGGUUCCCUUUUAUUGCCGAUGAUGUGUGGACUUU